AUGACUCACCUCCGAGUGCAGACCGAGUCGAAGGACUCGCCAGGCGGCGGCCAAGUCCUGCAAGAGGAUGGCGAGCAGAGCUGCUGUAUCAGCUGCUUCCGGUUGAUCCCGUCAUCUUCGGAGUCGCUGCAGCCCGAGCACUGCGAGUCCGACACAGCAACAGGACCUCCUCCUCAUGAACCGGAGCUACUGUGCGCAUCCUGCAUCCAUCACUUAGUCGGCAAGGGCAGCAGCAAAUCGCCGGCGGCCCCGUCGGUCGGCGGAGUGCUGUCGCCCUUGCCCAAGCUGAGCCUCCUCGUCAAGGUGGAGGCCAAGUGCCAGGACCAGCUGCAGUUGCUACGGCGUCAGCAAGAGAUUCUGAAGCAGCAGCGCGAGAGCCUUCAGGCGACCAAACGUGCCAAGGAAGAGGCUAUCGCGGCCGAGCGAGAGCUCGCCCGACAGCGCCGGAAACACUUUUUGAUGAUCCAGGAGCGCCGCAAGCGCGAGGAAGAGCUCAAGUUCCAGCAGUUCCAAGUAGACGAGCAUACCAGUCGCUCCGAACAGGAAGGGGGCGCUGAUAAGCCCAAGAAGAAGAAGCCGAAGCCACCCAAGACGGCGGCGGAAACUGCGCUGCAGCGACGGAGGUCCGAGUCCGCUGCUGGGCUGGACACUGACGAUGCAUCUCUGCCUCAUGUCGUGGAGCCGGCGUCCAAGCACACAGAGACCCCUCACUCGCGUACCAGCAAUGAUAUUGACAAUGGAAGUGCAGCAGAGACCCACUCGGCCAGUUUGUACGAGCGCCGACGGCAGAUGAUGGCUUGCUACUCGCAGGACCUCUCGCCGCUCAUCGACGGCCGCAAACCGAGACGCUUGCCCUUCCCAAAACCCGUGGCUGCCACCAGCAUGAUGAUGAAAAGAAGACAAACGCUUGACAACAAUGCUCAGGUUACAGCGCUAGCAACCAACCACCGCAGCAAGAGCCAGCAUAAUGCACGUAAGCAAGGCAAGAACCCUGCUCCGAAGACGACAAAGCUUCGCCCUCUGGAGGAGCAGAAGCACUUCAUAAAGACCAAACCGCAUGCUAGCAACCAGUUCGAGGAAUUCCAUACUCGAGUGGACAAUGACUCGGCUAAUAGCAAACACGUAUCUGCCUCGUCAUCGUUGUCACCGCAGCCUCGCCGGCGCCUGGCAGACACAUCGGCCCCGCUUACGGCGGAAAUCAAGCCCGCGUCGUGGGCAUACGAGCUGGCGAAAGACGUUCUGCCCCAGGACGACCCGCACCAAGAAGUUGGUGCCAAGGGAUUCGCUGCACCGCUGUCCCCCCUUGCAGAAGAAAACGCGUUUACCUUGUUCCCGCUGCAGCGCCAGCUCCCGAGCCCCACGUUUCCACCUUCUCAGCACGAACCACAAGCCGAGGCAGUCACCAAGGCUCCGAGGUGGGAGUACUCGGCCGAGCGGCUCUCGAGUCUGCUGGAGAAGUACAACGUCUCCGUAUCCGCCGUCACAACUGCAACACCCAAAUGA